CAACUUACGUAAAUCAUAUUCAUUUCCAGUGGCCACCAUGUUACGAAGGCCCUCUAUCCCUUCUGCGAGUAGCUCGUCAACCUCAGUAGCUAACGGGCAUACUCCUAAUGCUAUACCUCUUUCUAUGAGCGGCGGGGGAUCCUCCAGAUCAUCCAAGAAGCUCUCUCUAUCCAAGCUACCUCCAGCAGACGAGUUGGAUCCCGAUGAACUGUUCACAAAAUACACCAUUUCCGAGGUGAUAUUCGUCCAGCAACAGCUGAGAGCUGAUGCUGAUGCUAAGCAGGAGGAACUGCGGUUAAUGGUUGGAGAACGGUAUCGCGACCUUCUGCAGGCUUCCUCCUCCAUCGUUUCGAUAGCCCGCUCAUCCAAGCGUGUGAUUGAGGCCCUGGACGAGACGAAGAGUGCCAUUCUGGCCCAGGAACAGCCCCAGCUUCCACGAAAAGCAUCUAUGAAUGGAACGCAAGACACCCACUUGUACACGUUGCAGUUACUUUCUGCACACAUAAAACUGCUGCUAGACGCACCAGAACACCUGUGGAGACUUAUCGAGAGGAAGAAAUAUUUCACUGCCGCAUGGUUGUUACUUCUGUCGCGUGUUGUGCACCGUUCAUUAAUACAACAUGACCAACAAGAGGAAGAUACUUGGACUAGUCAAGGACUGGAUGCACUGGACCAAUUCCCUCUCAUACAACGACAAUGGGAUGCGGUAUCUCAGUUCCGUUCGCAGAUUGUGCAUAAAGCCACGAUGUCCUUGCGAGAAUACAACACAUCCUCUUUCGAUACAUGCGCCACCCUGCUCACGUUACAUUUGUUGGAUUCGCGUCCGCUUACAGAGACACUGUCUGUUUUUUUGGAACAGCGGUCUAAAUCACUCCAUACGGCCAUAUCGUGGGGCCAAAGUAAACCCUCGGUCUCGCCCUCCUCGAAUCGAGCGAACGGAUACGCUCCCGAAAACACAGUUAACCCUAAACAGACUGUCAAGCAAAUUAAAGAUGCAGCUCAGGUAGCUUUAGACACUAUUGCUUUGACCGUCAAAACUGCCAGAGAUGUCUUUGAAGACAAAGACUCCGAGAAGUCCAUGGUCGCAGCUGUAAUGGAACAUAUACAAUCUGACUCUUCCCUACCUCCUGCCCAAAAGGCGCUUCCCGCAGAACUUCAGUUGACGACACAGGCUUUGUUAAUGACCUUACCAUCAUCCACCCAUUUCAUGCUCCUUCCACAGAAUUUGAAGUCAUAUAAGCCUUACGUUGACCUCGAUUCAUCGUCAUCGCGCGUUCCCCCUUCUCAUCUUAUUCAGAAAGUUGACGAGUGGUUCAAGAAGUCAACACACAUUCUGCAGGGCGCUCUUGAUCGUUGGUUUCUAGAUGUUUCAGCUGUCAAGGAUGUUUGGAGUCUACGGUCCACAGUUCGCAAAUGGAUAUAUUCGUCCUCAGGGUUGAAGGAGCAGGAGAUGGAAGACAUAAAUCUCAUUUUUGAUGAUGUAUGUCGGAGACGAAUUGCGGAAAUUUGGAAAACCUCUUUGAUCAGUACCCAAGCAUCUUUCGGUACAUCCCUUUCGACAGCAGUGCUAUCAUUUGGUGAAAAUGUGGAUGUGCGGAUAGACAAUUCGUUCCAAACGCCACCUUUGCCCACAGCUUCUUCUUUGGGACCUAUGGAUGCUUCAUUCCAGAAAUAUAAAAGCGCACUGCGGAAGCAACUUUUGGGCAGAACAACACUGUUGGAUGACCUGCUCCGAACUCUUGAAAACUGUGCGCGGUCUAUCCAGCAUGACCUAUCUCGAGUGUUGACUGGGGAUAAUUCGAAUGUUCUGGUUACUCGCCUUCGUAACGACUAUCAACUACAAGCUGCUAUCCUGUGUUCUGGAGUAGUUGACGCUCUUAACAGCGCAUCAGAAAGCAUCGAUGAUAGAUCAAAUAUUACCGGACUUGUAUUUGUCGGUCAGCUUGCAGACGAGCUCGCCACUUACUCGAGCUUUGUCACAGACGUAUCUGCUGAUGUCAGUGUGGAGAAAGAUUUUCGUGAAAAAGCGAAGUUGUGCCGCGACGACAUCGUUGACCGUUGGCGCUCGUAUACUAUUUCGAACAUACUAUCCACCCAUCGCCACCGGGCGCUCCUUCCCGUACUCCCCUCCUCUUCCGUGUCAACUGUUCCGUCCCCAGAUCUGAUGGGCGCUUUGCUUUCAUUGACACAUGCAAUGCAAGAUUUGGGAAUCUCCCGUGACCUAAGGCGUCAAGGCAAUCUUGUAGACCGGACCCUUCAAACAUUCAUUGAGCAGUUCCUCCGCAAUCGUUUUGACGCCAACAGCAUCCAAACAUUGUAUGAUAUCUCAUUUCUGCAGAAAUUGAUCGAUGUGAGGACUGGAAGCGACUGGACAGAUGUUCGCCAAGUCCUAGAUGAGAAAGCUGUUCACAUCCGCGAGAAGGUGACGGCUCAUCUCCCUACCUCGUCUUGUUCCGUGGCUCAAUUUACUGUAGAUUCAAACGUUACCGGAUCAAGAAAAGAUCAAACGCACUGUCUCUGAUUAUGUUGCUCAGACUCAGGUGCUAUUUGGCAUUCUUCUGGGAAACGGUCCAUCACCAUUGUCGCACAGCAACGACAAGCUCGCAACACUCCUUCCGUUUGGAUCACCGCUUUUAGAUCAGCCCUUCCAGCCUGCAAUAGAUGUGGCAAAACCGUCAUCUCGCUUUGG